CCACUACAAAAAAUGGCCGCUGAGCUGCAAGUGCACUUUUUUUUAUAAUAGACCAAUCCGAUUGAAACAAGCACGCAAAGCCCUUAAUUUGGAACUCCUGUUGAACGGAAAGCCAUCAGUGGGGCAGUGGAAUCAUGGAGCAGGUGUCGGAUAGUGCGGUGACAACUCUGGAGUCAACCCAAGCAGAGGAGCCACCACCAGGAGUCGAAAAAGUUGAGACUCUAGAACUAAAAACGGCGGCGUUAGAAACACUCUCGGAAAGUGCGGGUCCCACUGAUUUGGAGAAUGAGCUGGCCAAUCUCAACGGAUCUGAAGAGGGUCCAGGCUUGGACGAGCUGAGCACUCUGGAGAGGGAGAUAGCUAAGCUGCAUAACAUUCGACCGCCGGAUGCGGCGUCCGAAGUUAAGGAUUCCGACACACCAAUUGCCUUAGCAGACAAUGGUGGCUUAGAGCCCCGCCAGGCCCCAGAUGAAGCUAAAUGUCGAACCCCAAUAAUCGAAGAAGGCAACGCUGCCUCAGGCAACGGCCAGUCCAGCGAAUCCCCCUUGGAAGAGGUAGAUCUCAUUGCCCUGCUCAAGGGGACGGAUACCAGUCAUGAUCAGCCUACGGGAGAGGAAAAGUGCACAUUGGAGAAGGCUCUCUCCGAGCUUGACGGCGUUGGAGAAGAUGGGGAUGUAGGUGUUACCAUCGAGGGCGAAGGGCAGUUCGAAAUCAUGGAAAUUGACGACGACGAGGGGGAGUCAUCGAGUCGAAAAGCCAGCCCCAAGGUACCUGCGUCCAAGCCCAUCAAAUCUAACUCCUUGCCUUCUAUAUCCAAGCAUAAGCUCUCCCCGGAACAAGCCAGAGCUGUUGCUCUGGAGCAGAUGGCCGGUCUAAAGCCAAAGUCGCGUCGUAAGGAGCCGCCUGCGCCGCCUUCUGUGGUCGCGCCGAUAGAUAUUGUCAGCUCGUUGAACGAUGAUUGGGACGACUACGACUCUGAGGAAGACAAGUCGGCUUCCGCGUUGGUGACAGAAGUUAUAACUCUGCCUUCAGCACACGUAGUCACUAAGAAGCCACCUCUGCCUGUGAAAAAAUUGUCAUCCCCAGUUAAGCACAGCCCGAACUCGGCAAUUUUGCUAAACAACAAGAUCAGCGGAGUAAAAGUAAUGUUAAAGACCGUGAGCCAAAAGCAACUUGCAGCCUCAACAGGGGCAGCAGCGGAAAAAACCAAGCCGACUGUCGUUGUGUCACCUCCCAAGGAAACCGAAGAGCAUACUACGGGGUUCAAGCGUAUGCGUGUAAUUAAAAGGAAGAUAAUCUGGGACCCCGAUGUACCAGAGACGAAAAAAUCGUUUGCGCAGUAUGCUAGCACGAAGGCGGCAUGUCCAGCACCCACCACACCAAAAACAACUGUCAAAAGCAUUUCGCCCACCACGACGACUAAGAAGGAGGUGGCACCCAAAAAACGGUCAGCUACACCUACUGCUCGGUCUACUAAAGCUGGCACUCCGGUCGGAGGAACAGAGCGGGGUCCCUCGCCCGUCAAACGACGCGCGCAAACUCCGAACACAGGUCUAGCCAAUGGAGGAACUCAAAAAAAGAAAAAGGUCUCUGAGAUCGAUCGCCUGAUGGGCGACGAGGGAGCUGCCAAUAUGAUUCAUGCAGUGGAGCAUGAGCAGCGGGAAUUGAGUGGUGGUGAGGUGUCCAAUAAGCCGCUGAUGCGGAAACGAGCGAUGACCAUAACCGGAAGGAACCAGGCAGCACGAGUUGCUGUGGAACCAACACCGCCCAAAAAAGAGUCAGCACAAUCGGCCGCCAAACGAACGCCUGCUGAUUCUGUUUUUACUAAGGCCACCGCCAACACAUCUGCCCGUAAGCCUCGCGCUUCCGACUCGUGGGACUAUGUUUACAAACAGCGCGCCAGCGAGGAAUCGAUGAUCAUGCGUCGGCGCUCCAACAGCUCGUACUCCAGCAACGCUUCCGUAAGUCGAAAUUCGCUGGACAAUAGGCCCGGAGCAGCCAAUCUGUCUGAUGAUGCAGGCGAGGGCUCGGACCCGUCAUUUAAGUUUGUAAAGCCCGUAAGCAAGUCGAGCCAAAGGGGCGGUGAAGAUACCUCCUCGCAUACGCUGGCUAACGAUAUGAAGGCGAACAACGGUAGCGAACUGGUGUGCCUGCACAAGGUUAACAAAGUUGCUCACCUGGUCAUCCACACGGAACGAGGAAACUUCGGCCAUACGUACAGCAAGCAGCUGCUGGAGCAGUUGAACGACACACUGUCCAGUGUUGCCCGCAAAGGCGAAUUCAACACGGUGUUGCUUACCGUCGAGGGUCCACAGUUUUGUCAGGGCAUCGAUUGCCAGGAACUGAUACAGGGUUCCCUGGAGAAGCGAAAGGAUAGUGCCAGUCAACUGGCUGUAGCCCUUAAAUGCUAUCUACGCACUCUGGCCACAUUUCCUAAACCCUUGGUGGCUGGCAUUGUUGGCAGCCAGAUUAAUUUGGGCGUUAUGCAGCUUCCCUUUGCUGACUACGUGGUGGCCUCUGAUGAUUGUAGCUUCGAGACUAACUAUGCCAAAUUGGGUCAGCUGCCCGAGGGCUAUGCUCUGUGGCAUGGUCACCAAAGAGUUUCCAGUGAAGUGCACUCGCGUUUGUUUCUUAUGGGUGAAAGACUGUUCGCAACGGAACUUUUGGAAUCGAAUAGUUUCGUUGACAAGAUCUGCAAGGCCAGAAAUGUCAACGAAAUGGCUCUGGCCAAAGCCAAACAGAUAUCCACUAGCUCUGCGGAGAUGUAUCGUACACUAAAGAAACUCAACCACUCCGCCGUCAAUGUCACGAAAUUCCCGCGUCUGGAUGAGGAACUAAAGGUUAUAGGAGAGCAAUGGGUUACUGCCGAUUGCUUAGCCAAUUUCAAACGCUAUCUUAACGACGUUGAUUUUUAGAGCAUUGAUUUAUAGUUACUGUAUACCAUUUGGGAAUGGUAGACAUUCAUCCAUACAAACCAUAUAAAGAUUAAUUCAUACAUUUAGUUGAGUCCUUUUAGGAGUUUUAUUCUGGACCAUGAGACUAUCGCCCUAAGAAUUUUUUUACUCCUACCCCAUUGUAAAGUACGAACGCUGUGUAAAUUGUAAGAAAUUCGGAGGCAGGAGUUAUAUCCUGUUCUAUUAGGAUUUUAAAGGUAACUCGAUUAGUUGAACGUGCUGGGAUUGGAAAGUUUGCAAAUUAAAUUAUCGCUUACACGUUUUAAAUUCGAAAUUUUAUUUUCCGUCAUCCGAAAUUCCCAAAUAGUUCACUUUUCAAUCAAACAAUGGAGUUUAAGAUCCCAUGCAAUAUAUCUUGUGUUAUAUGAAAAAAAUGUUAAGCCUCAUAAUAAAUAAAAUAAGAUGAACAGCUCCC